CAAGGGCUGGUCGCGCGCCGAUGACGCGUUCGACGUGCGCGCGGGCGGGAGGCGUGGCUCCGUCCGUUGGGUGACGCCCUCGAGGGGCGGGGCCUCCGUCGUCGGCAUGGUGACGGCGUCGGGCCCGGCGCGGGAGGCCGAGGAGGCCCAGGCGGCGCGGGGAAGCCUCGGGCCCGAGCGCCUGAGAGCAUGAAGAUCAACGGAGACGCAAGCAGUGAGUCUGAGAACGAGACAGACGAAGACGAAGAUGACGAGGAGGAGGAGGAAGGAGGGGCUCUGUCGGAUGAGUCUGCAAACAUGUGCCUUAAGAAUCUGGAGGCAGAAAAGAAAGCAUCUCAGCAGAACAACUCUCAGGGCAAGGCAGAGGUCCGGGGCCAAAGGCACAAAGGCCAGGGGCAAGCGGGCGCAAAGGGUGGCCAGCCAGAGCGCCUCCUGAUAGAUCUGGAGGAACAAACGGCAGAAGAGUGCGAGACGGAAGAGACAAGGCAGAACAAGAAGAAGAAACACAGGCUGCUCUCUAUCAAUCUGGCCAGCUGCAAAUAUGAGAGUGUCAGGCGUGCUGCUCGGCGCUGCGGCCUCAAAGAAGUCGGGGAGGAGGAGGAGUGGACAGUUUACUGGACCGAUUGCUCAGUCUCCCUGGAGCGUGUCAUGGAAAUGAAAAGGUUUCAGAAAAUCAACCAUUUCCCAGGCAUGGCGGAGAUCUGCCGCAAGGACCUGCUUGCCCGCAACCUCAACCGCAUGCUCAAGCUCUUCCCCAAGGAGUACAGCAUCUUCCCCCGCACCUGGUGCUUGCCGGCAGACUAUGGGGAUUUCCAAGCCUAUGGGCGCAUGCGGAAAAACAGAACGUACAUCUGCAAGCCAGACAGCGGCUGCCAAGGGCGAGGCAUCUUCAUUACACGCAAUCCGAAGGAGAUCAAGCAUGGCGAGCACAUGAUCUGUCAGCAGUACAUCGCCAAGCCCUUCCUCAUUGAUGGCUUUAAGUUCGAUAUGCGCAUCUAUGUUCUGGUCACUUCCUGCGACCCACUGAGGAUCUUUAUCUAUGAGGAGGGGCUGGCCCGCUUUGCGACCAUGAGGUACAUCGAGCCCAGCAGCAGCAACCUGGAAGACAUCUGCAUGCACCUGACCAACUAUGCCAUCAAUAAGCACAAUGAGAACUUUGUGCGUGAUGACAACACAGGAAGCAAGAGGAAACUGUCCACCCUGAAUGCCUGGAUGCGGGAGCACAGCUAUGAUACUGCAGAGCUGUGGCGGGACAUUGAGGACAUCAUCAUCAAGACCCUCAUUGCUGCUCACCCAGUGCUGAAGCAUAACUAUCGCACCUGCUUCCCCAACCAUAUCUCUGGCUGUGCCUGCUUUGAGAUCCUGGGAUUUGACAUCCUUCUCGACAGGAAGCUCAAACCUUGGCUCUUGGAGGUCAACCACUCCCCGAGCUUCACCACGGACUCCCGGCUGGACCGUGAAGUGAAGGACGCCUUACUGUGUGAUGCCAUCAAUCUCAUCAACCUACGUGCCUGUGACAAAAAGAAGGUGCUGGAGGAAGACAAGAGGCGGGUGAAGGAGCGCCUUCUCCAGACCCACCAGACCCCUCGGGAGACCAGGCGGGAGCAGAUGGAGAGCAGCCAGGCCGCCUGGCUGGCACAAGCAGAGAAGUAUGAGAACAGCCACCUGGGUGGCUACCGGCGCAUCUUCCCCUCCCACGAUACUGAAAAGUACGCAUCCUUCUUCAAGCACAGCGGAUCCCUCUUCCAAGAGACGGUUGCCUCCAAGGCCAGGGAAGAGUGUGCCAGGCAGCAGCUGGAGGAGAUCCGCCAAAAGCAGGAGCAGCGGGAGAACACAGCUGGGAAGAAGAAGAAGGAGGUGAAGGAGAAUCUGCAGGGAGAAUCGGCUGGGGAGAAGGCCCAGGAGAAGGGCAAGGCAAAGCCCACCCUCACCCGCAUCACAUACAGCCACAGCAGGACCUGGAGCCCAAAAGUGCCGGUGUCUUCCUUCACAUAUGACAGCAUGACCCCUCAGGACAUUGUGGAAGAAGAAGAGGUAGAGAGGGUCAAAGCCCUUCUGAGACGGGAGACACUCAUCCGAGGGCUGGGCAUCGUGGACCAGCUGAGCCGCCUGCUGCCAAAGUCCACAGAGAUCCAGAGGACCCACAUCAACAUCUCCGAAAGCCAGCCCCAACUCAUCCAGGACAUCUUGAAUAGCCGAGGGUCCCAGAAUGUGAUGACCCUCGUCCCCGUCCCUCUCCUAGGGAGCUCCAUCUCUGAACUUGGGCAACAGGCCACACCGCAACCCUCCACACGCAUCCACCUGCUGGGCAACCAAGGCUUCAUCCCCACCAUCUUGGGCGCCCUGUCGGGCCUGGGCACCUCCCACGAGGACACGGUUGUUCUGCCGUUCAAGCCACAUCUUCACAUGCAGCCCCCCAGGAACAUGAGCUGGCUGGGCACUGCCAUGGUGAGCCAGCCCUACACAGUAGCUCAGAUGCUGAAGGCCAGAGGGCGGCGAUUUAGCAGCGCCAAGAACAAGAUGGAUGCCAGCAGCCCUGUCAACAGGAGGCCCCUGUACAUGAGCUCCGGCUCCUUGAGCUGCCUCUCUCGUGUCAGGAAGGCAUCCAGCAGCAUGUGUGGCAGCUUCCCCUUCCCCUCUGCGCCCGGCCCCCUCACCCGCAGCGAGGUGCAUGGACUGGCCAUCAACUCUGCGUCAGCCCCCCUCAUCCGCCGCGUCAGCCCCCACCGCUCCAGCAAUAUGGCCACGCUCCACCUCCACCAGCCCAGGUAGCACCCUCACUCCCCCCCCAGAGUUGGCUGCGGGGAGAGUUGAUGGGGUGCCAUCCUUGCCAAUGCUUCCUUGGCCUUUUCCCACCCCAGGGAAGGGACUUGCUUUGGGUUCUCAGCGGCUCUGAAAGCCAGACGGAGGGGGGCUCCUUCCUUGUGCCAAGAGGGGGCACAAGUCCCUGCUCUGCUGCUGCCAUGGCUCUAGGCCCCAUGGCCCAUCUCCCCCUUUUGGGCAUGAGCUCAUCUCCUGCCAGGCAGCAGCCAGCACCCAUUUGCCUGUGCCCACUGUCCCUCUGCCCUUUCUGUGUGCCAACAUCCCUGCCAUGGAUGCUGCUUAUCCUGCCAGAGGAGGACCACAGGUGGGGAAGGGGCUUCUUUUGUAGUCCACUUUCUAUUAAAGCUUUAUACCACUAUUCACCCCGAAGUCUGCCUCUCCCUCAGAUUCCCAGGGACAGGCGGUGGGCUUUUCUGUGGACGGAGGAAGGGCCCAGAGGCCUCGUGUUUCCUGCGCUGGCCUUUGGCCGUGGUCCUCAGACGGGAGGGAGGCUGGUGAGAUGGAAGUGCUCUUCCCUGGAGGCUGGUAGGAAGGCUCCUCUUUGGCCCGGAGGACUCGCAGGAGCCCAGUGGGGGCCCUUGACCACCCAGUUUAAAACUGACCGGCAAAAGUCCAGAGAAGCCCCCCGCGUGGAAGCGGAUGUGAACCCUUCAGGCCUGGCCUGGCGAGAGAGAGGGCUGGAGAAGUCUGCCAGUCCCUUCCUGGCCUAAACGAGGGUGAGGGGCUAAAGGGCUUCCCAGGGCCACGUUGCCCAGCCCCAGCCAGCAAACCCAGGCCUUGUUUUCCACCAACAGAAC